AUGUCAAAUGAUUACCUAACCUCGUUAAAUUGAGGUUAUGUUUUAUUUUUAAACUAUUAAUCUACUUUGAAAAAUAUUUAAGUUAAAAUAACUAAAAAUAUCCUACAUCGCGAUGGGUCGGCGUAAGGCUGGAUUUAGGAAAAACCAUUUUUUCAAACAUCAGAGAAAUCAAGCACCGGUGACACGGGAAACAAAAGAAACUAGAAAACCCUACAAUGCUAUUAUAAGAGAAAACGAGAAAUUCAUAACAUAUUAUAAGACUCAAAAUGUAUGUAAAAAAGACGAGUUUGAUGACUUUAUUAAUCACAUGAAAACUGACCUUCCAUCUACUUUCCGAAUAACUGGCUCAAAAGAAGUGGCUCGAAAAAUGCUUGAACUAGUUGAGGAGAAACUAAUCAAGGAUUGUAUUAGCCAAGAAGAAGCAGACAGGUCGCCGAACAUAUAUCCUCUAAGUUGGUAUCCCAACAAACUGGCCUGGCAACUGGAACUGACAAGGAAAGACAUCAGAAGACUUGAAGCUUACUAUAAAUUACACAAUUUUUUAAUCUCGGAAACUGAGCAUGGAACAAUAUCUCGGCAAGAAACUGUUAGUAUGAUACCUCCUUUGCUGCUUGAUGUCCAGCCUGAGCAUAAGGUGUUGGAUAUGUGUGCCGCCCCUGGCUCCAAAACUGCCCAACUUCUUGAAAUGCUUCAUCAGAAUGAUGAUCCCAUACCCCCAGGGUUUGUAAUUGCAAAUGAUGUCGACAAUAAGAGAUGUUACAUGUUAGUGCAUCAAGCAAAAAGACUCAAUUCACCCUGUGUAGCUAUUAUUAACCACGAUAGUGCGUCAUUGCCGAAUAUGUUCGAAACAUUACCAGAUGGUUCAUCCCGACAGAUACAGUUUGAUAGGAUUUUAUGCGACGUGCCUUGUUCUGGCGAUGGGACCAUGAGAAAAAAUCCGGACAUUUGGAUGAAAUGGACUCCCGCAAAUGCCCUUAAUCUUCAUGGAAUUCAAUAUAGAAUACUGCGAAGAGGUGCUGAAUUGCUAAGCGUGGGUGGCAGAAUUGUGUAUUCGACUUGUUCGUUAAAUCCUAUAGAGAAUGAGUCAGUCAUUCAUAGGAUUCUAGUAGAGGCUAACGGUUCGUUGGAACUUGUGGACGUCUGUAACGCUCUGCCGGGCCUGAAGUAUACCCCUGGCAUGGAAGACUGGUUGGUUUCCAGUAGAAACUUGGAGUUUUACAAAUCGUUCGAUGAAGUGGACGAAAAAUGGAGGACUACAAUCAGACCUCAAAUGUUUCCGCCCGCGGUCACAAACAGGGAGAAGUAUCAUUUAAAUAGAUGUCUGCGCAUUUUGCCACAUCAGCAAAACACCGGUGCGUUUUUCGUAGCAGUUUUGAGGAAAGUAAAACCUUUCACAUCUAAUGAAAAAGCAAUCAAAGACGAAGAGGCGGAGGAAACCAAAAAACGAGAAAACGAAGACUCUCGCCUGCCACAGAACCAGAGGAAGCGUAGACGCAGGGACGGAUACCGGGAGGACCGUCCGUUCGUGUUUUUCGACGACGACGAGCCGGUAUGGACAGAUAUCAAGAAAUUCUACGAAAUAUCGGACCAAUUCGAAUCGAAGUGUUUGCUGACCAGAUGCCCCGUGGGUAAAAAAAAGAACAUAUAUUUGACGUCUGAGGGAGUAAGGGAUCUGGUCGUUGCAAACCAGGGUCGAUUGAAGUUUAUUAAUACGGGCGUGAAGGCAUUCGUCAGGUGCGACAAUAAAAACAUGAAGUGUCCAUUCAGAAUCGCUAAUGAUGGCCUGGAAAGCAUCUAUCCGUACGUUGGAAAAAGUCGCAAAGUUGAUAUACCGAGGGACGACUUGAUAACUUUGUUGAUGAAUGACAAGCCGCAGAAGUCUCCGCCCAUAACUAGCCUGUCAAGGACCGUCCAAGACCAGGUGCGAGAUUUGAGCCCCGGAAGUUGUAUUUUAAUUUACAAGGAAAAUAUGAAAGAUAGCAACAUCCCACUAAUUAUUCAUGUAAGCGGUUGGCGUGGUACGACUUCUUUGCGCUGUUAUAUGACCCAGCACAGUACCGUACAUUUACUCAGAUUGCUGGGCGGUGACAUCUCCAAAUACGACGUGAACAAGUUCAAAAAAGCUGAUGACGAGGGUUUGAAGAGUGUCGGUAGUGACGACACGACUAGUAAAUACGACGAAGAGGCAAAAGUAAUUGCUUCGGAGUAAAAACCUUUUGUAUUAUUCGCAAAUGUUUUUAAUACACCAGACA